CCGAGUGGGGUGGAGUGGGGAAUCUGGGGAGGGGGCUGGCUGAGAGGGGUCAGGGCAGCUCCAGCCCUUUGUGGCCCCUCCCCUCCCAUGGGGCCAUCCAGUCCCUUCCUUAGGGCUGCUCUUCCUACGGCCUCUGACCCCCCUCCUCCUUCUUAGGCUGCAUUGCCGGGCGCACCCAGUGCCCAGGGAGUCCCUUUCCCAAACCUCUAAGGAGAAGGGGCGUGGGAGGAGGGGAAGAGCAGGGAACUGGAAAGGGUGGUGAGAAAUAAAGACACCAGACAGCGGGACGCGCGCGCACACACCAACAGAGAUUGAGAGACAGAGACAGAGAGACAGACGGAAAUAAAGACAGAGAGUGGGAAGCUGACUAACUCACUGAGUCAGAAACACAAAAAGAGAGAGAGACAGAAAAGGAAAGAGAAAUAGACAGAAAAUUAGACACCAGAGGGAUACAGGAAGAGAGAGAGGCUGAAAGAGAGACGGAGAAAGGAGAGACAAGCCGGGACAGAGCGUGCCAGCUGGCGGGAUGGAGGGUCGCCUGGGGCGGCAGAUGUAGCGGCCCCAGCCCGCUGAGCUGGGUGGGCAGAGAGAAGCCGGAGCCCCGGCGGGGGUGAGGGGCAUGGGAGGGGCAGGCGUGCUUCUACUGCUGCUGGCUGGAGCCGGCGUGGGGGUGGCCUGGAGACCACCAAAGGGAAAGUGUCCUCUGAGCUGCUCCUGCUCCAAGGAUAGUGCCCUGUGUGAGGGCUCUCCGGACCUGCCCGAGAGCUUCUCCCCGACCCUGCUGUCACUGAUGGAAAGGAAAGACAUCCGGGGUUGGGGCGGCAUGCCAGGGUCCCCCAGACAGGAGACGGCUCUGGGGCGGGACCGGAGCGUUGGGGUGACUGUCUCCUCACCCACCACUGCCCACGUCCCCAGCUCACUCGUCAGGACUGGAGUCACCCAGCUGAAGGCCGGCAGCUUCCUGAGGGUGCCCACACUGCACCUGCUCCUCUUCACAUCCAACUCCUUCUCUGUGAUUGAGGACGAUGCAUUCGCGGGCCUGUCCCACCUGCGGUACCUCUUCAUUGAGGACAAUGAGAUUGGCUGCAUCUCUAAGAACGCUCUCAGAGGACUCCGCUCCCUCACACACCUGAGCCUGGCCAAUAAUAAUCUCGAGACCCUCCCCAGAUUCCUGUUCCGAGGCCUGGAGACCCUAACUCACGUGGACCUCCGCGGGAACCCGUUCCAGUGUGACUGCCGUGUCCUCUGGCUCCUGCAGUGGAUGCCCGCCGUGAAUGCCAGCGUGGGGACUGGGGCCUGCGCCGGCCCCACUGCUCUGGCCCACAGGCAGCUCCGCCACCUCGACCCCAAGACGUUCAAGUGCAGAGCCAUAGAGCUGUCCUGGUUCCAGACGGUCGGGGAGUCGGCGCUGGGCGUGGAGUCUUUCUCCUACCAGGGGGAGCCCCACAUCGUCCUGGCGCAGCCCUUCGCGGGCCGCUGCCUGAUCCUCACCUGGGACUACAGCCUGCAGCGCUUCCGGCCUGAGGAAGAGCUGUCCGCGCCCUCGGUGGUGUCCUGCAAGCCCCUGGUGCUGGGCCCGCGCCUCUUCAUGCUGGCCGCCCGCCUGUGGGGGGGCUCGCAGCUGUGGGCCCGGCCCAGCCCCGGCCUGCGCCUGGCGCCCACGCAGGCCCUGGCCCCGCGGCGGUUGCUGCGGCCCAACGACGCCGAGCUCCUGUGGCUGGACGGGCGGCCCUGCUUCGUGGUGGCCGACGCCUCCAAGGCGGGCAGCACCACGCUGCUGUGCCAGGACGGGCCCGGCUUCUACCCCCGCCAGAGCCUGCACGCCUGGCACCGGGACACGGACGCCGAGGCCCUGGAGCUGGACGGCCGGCCCCAUCUGCUGCUGGCCUCCGCCUCCCAGCGGCCCGUGCUCUUCCACUGGCUCGGGGGCCGCUUCGAGAGGCGCACGGACAUCCCCGAGGCCGAGGACGUCUACGCCACACGCCAUUUCCAGGCUGGUGGGGACGUGUUCCUGUGCCUGACGCGCUACAUCGGGGACUCCAUGGUCAUGCGCUGGGAUGGCUCCAUGUUCCGCCUCCUGCAGCAGCUUCCCUCACGUGGUGCCCACGUCUUUCAGCCCCUGCUCAUCGCCAGGGACCAGCUGGCCAUCCUGGGCAGUGACUUCGCCUUCAGCCAGGUCUUCCGCCUUGAGCCUGACAAGGGGCUCCUGGAGCCUCUGCAGGAGCUGGGACCCCCAGCCCUGGUGGCCCCUCGUGCCUUUGCCCCCAUCACCUUGGCCGGCAGACGCUUCCUCUUCGCUGCUUGCUUCAAGGGCCCCACACAGAUCUACCAGCAUCACGAGUUAGACCUCAGUGCCUGAGACCCCCUGGGACCUUGGCUAUGGCUUGGAGGGAAGGGGGCAGUGGCCCGGGGAGGCCCAGGCCACUGGACACCCACUUGACUGGGCUCCUGGCCCUCCUCGGGCUGAUGGUCCCUGUGAGGUACUGACCACAGGCCAAGCUCAAGGCAAGAGCUGUCCUUCAAGUCGUAAGGAACAUCUCGGCUCUGGGCACAUGCCCCGACUAAGGAUGACUUGGGGGCUCGGGCUGGGGCACUUGCAAGGAGCCGGGAUACAGAAGUCAUGAUGGGGGUAAUGUGCAGAACUCCGUGAGGUCUGGAAGUGCCCCCCUCAACCCACUCCCACCCGUCCUGCUCCCUGUGAAAGUACUGAGGGAGAGAUAGCUACCCCUUCCCUCUAAACUCCAUCCGGCCAAUCGCUUUUAGCGCCCGCCCCCGUGACGUCACCAGUCGCUGGGCCGGCCUCACUGCCGGGCUUGCUAACUUCCUCUGCUGCUUGUGCGCAUGCUUGCUGCCGAGGCGGAAGCCCAGCGUGUUGGCCCUCUUGCGCGUGCGCGGGAAACAGGUGGGCAAGCGGGAGCUGUUGCGGGGAGCCCUGGCUACGCGUCUCCAAUGAGGGACAGGGGAGAGGACAGAAAGUGUAUGAGCUCAAUAAACGCGCUGUGCACCUGCCCCGCUCGCUGUUGUGGGAUCUUUGGGAGAGGGUGUUUCAUGAGUGACAUGGGGGGAGGAGUGGUGUCCCAGGAGCAGUAUUAUGGGGAGGUGCAUUUUGGCUGCCCUGGUGCGCUUUCGCUUGACCCAUGAGUGUGGGCUCAUGGAUUGGGGGGGCUCAUGGGAUGUUCGAGGGAUAUAAAGGCAUUAUUAGGGGACAAGUCGCUGGUUUAUUGUGGGCCUCUUCUUGGGGUCAUGUCUCGGAGCAUUGUAGGAGAUCGUUUUGGGUGUUUUAAAGGGUUUUAGGCAUUUUACGGGGUGGCCCUUGGCAUUUUGGAGCUCUUACAGGGUAUUGGGGAGUCUCAAUGGAGUUUGAGGCUCCUUGGAGAUUCUCACACCAUGUGGCCACUCUAUAUUAUUAGGAGUGUCGUGCGGAAUUAUUUGAAGGUCUCACAAGGACAGUUGGGUAUUAGGAAGGGUUUUCUAUAAUAAAGUGGGGUCUCGGGUAAGUGGGAGAGUCAUGGGGUCUUACUAUUAAAAUCAUAAUCUAUCUGACUACUCAUAUCAUGGUAGGAAGAUCCAUGUCCUUGCUUUCCUGGGAUGGUCUCAGUGUCCCCUCGAAUGUCCCAGCAUUCCAUCUCGUUAGAGCUCUCUUUCACUCCCCAAAGUGUCCACCAUUUGGCUACUAGAAAAUUUUAAAUUGCACUUGUGGGUUCCCUAGCCUUGGAGGCAGAGGGCGGACCUCAGGCCACCCAGCAGGCCUUGGGCUUUUCCCAACAAAGAGAUUCAACUGCCGGCUUCUGUAUCAGCUGCCAGUGUGUAUCCACCUUCUCCUAGUCCUCAAAAGCCCACCCCGAUGUACACAUAGGGAGUCUUGAGGCUACUUGGGCUAAU